AUGAAGUACUUGUCUGCUUACCUUUUGUGCGUUCUCGGUGGUAACGCCACCCCAUCUGCCUCUGAUGUCACCAAGGUUCUCGCCUCCGUCGGUGCCGUCACUGAUGCCGCCCGUGUUGAGGCCGUCGUUGCCCAGCUCGCUGGUAAGGACAUCAACGCCGUGAUUGCCGCCGGAAGAGGCAAGAUCGGAUCUGCCCCAGCCGCCGCUGCCGCUGCUGCCCCAGUUGCCGCCGCCGCCGCCGCUGCCCCAGCUGCUGCUGCUGCUGCUCCAAAGAAGGAGGAGAAGAAGGAGGAGUCUGAUGACGAUAUGGGAAUGGGUCUCUUCGACUAA